AUGAGCGAAGCCACCAUUCCAGCGGCCCUGUGCCCCUAUCGUACCAAAAAUUUGACCGGCCCACAAAAAUCAAGUUUUCUUAAUCCUGGUUUUAACAAUUGGAAAAAAUCUUAUGAAAAUGUUAAAGAACAUGAAAAUAGUGCAAACCAUCGUAAAUCAAUGCUAACUUGGUUAGAUCGUGUAAACACUAAACAUCGUAUAGACAAAACUAUGGCCGAAAAAAUGUUGAAUGAAAAAAAGUAUUGGGUUAAAGUGUUGCACCGUGUAGUAUCAGUUGUUAAAUUUUUGGCUGUUCAUGGGUUAGCAUUUGAAGGUAAUGACUCACGGUUGGGUUCUCCGAGUAAUGGAAAUUUUCUUGGAAUUCUUGAAGUUAUUUCCGAAUUUGAUCCCUUUUUAAAACAACAUAUGAAUGAAAGCGCUAAUAAAGGAUCAGGAAAUGUAUCUUAUUUUUCGAUGCGUAUUUGUAACGAAAUAAUUGACCUAAUGGCAAAUGAAGUUUUAUUAGAAAUAACUAAACAGUUACAAGAAACUAAAUACUUCGGUCUAAUUUUAGAUUCUACUCCAGAUAGAGCACAUAGAGAUCAAUUUGCUGUUGUUGUUAGAUACUGUUAUAAAGGGUUAGUUGUUGAGCGAUUCUUAACAUACAUUCAUAUAUUAAGCCAUACUGGUAUUUCAAUGGUCGAAGAAGCUCAAAUAAAAAAAAAAUGUAGUGUUGCUUUAUUUGCACCUUGUUUUGCUCAUUCCCUAAAUUUAGUAGGGUCACAUGCAGUGAAAAGUUGUUUAGAAGCAAUCAAUUUUUUUGGUGUUGUUCAAAAAUUGUAUGCAUUUUUUGCGGCCUCGACACAUAGAUGGAAUUUGCUUUUGACUGGUCUAAAAUCGGAAGAGAAAAAUAAAAUAAUCGUUUUGAAAACAUUAAACACCUUAAGGUUAGAAGGAAAAGAGGAUAAAGCAUUUGAUAGUUGGGGAAAAAAAGAUAUUGAAAUAUCCAUUGAACAAAUCAACAAGAAUACACCAAUUACUGAGAGUAAAUGGAUGGAGUUUAGAAAAGAAACUGAGCUAGAGGAAGAAUUGUGUUUAUUAAAUUGA